AUGGACUUUUAGUUGUUCCGUGGACUUGCCCAACAUUGUGCGCGCCUUAACGCGAAGCCACGUUACGCGCACGUCAUACGCUUACUCAUCACUUCUGAAAGCACAGAGCAGCGACAGCGGUGCAGCUGUUUCCUAUUGUAUUUGUUUUUGUUUUGUGCGCGUGUUUUUUUAUAAUUUUUUUUUUUGUUGAUAGCGUUCUCGAUAAUUUUGCAUUCGGGCGCCUUAUCGCAAGAAGGCAGUGUCGACAGUCGUCAGCCACACAGCGUCAGAGCGUCACAGCUGUAACGAAACCAACAAUUAACCACCCUUCAAGAGUUUUGAGAUUGUGUGAGCAGGAAGGUAGAUAGAAAAGGAAACUAUAGUUUAACAACAACAACAAAAACUACAACAUUUUCCUAAAAACAUUUCACUAGCAAUUGCAUAAGACAUAUUAUUUGCGUUGCUUGUGUUUUUGUUGUAUUUGCUUAUUUGCUUUGAACUGCUUCAAUUGUGUGUUGUUGACGCAGCUCGUGGCUCGUGUUAAUUACAUACAUUGGAAACACGCGCUCAAGUGCCUAAACCAACAAAGUGCGUGUGGUCCGAAUCGUCGCUUGUUGCACUCGUGUGACCUUUGUCAUUCGACGGGAGAAACAGUUUGCGCCCAAUUGCCAGUUAAUUGUCGACGCGGCGCCGCCUCAUCAGCCGCGACUUAAGUCCAAGCAGCUACACGAAGCUUGUUAGCGCGCCGCCAGGAUUUUGAUGUGUGAUCUAUUGGCGUUUCUGUUGUUUCCGCGUGAGACCGCAAACGACCAAUUAUUUCAGUGACCACAAGUUUAUGGAACGAUUGGAGGCGCACACACAGAUGCAGCUGGAAGUAAAAAAGACAAUUAUUUCAAAAACAACAACAAACAGGCGCACAAACAUUCUUGCAACAAAAACAACAAAAGCUUUGCAGCGCUCAACCUCAUUGUUGUUGUCGAUCAAUUUGUCUGUUAAUACGCCAGCGGUUUUUGCUUGCUUUUAGCUCUGCGGUUGCAAUAGUGUCUUGCUACUUUCUUGUUGUUUCUGUACGAACGUCAAAUUCGAUUUUUAUGACUUUUUGAGCGCGUGACUAAGCGGUGAUUUAUGGUGGCGUGUUGUUUUUAAUAUUCAUACACUCUUCGUGGCACUCACAAGCGAACGCAGCAGCAUGCCAGUGAAGCAGUAAUAAUAAGAAGAAGAAGCAGAAGAGCUACAACACUAACAACAGCACGAACACUCUCUACCCAAAGUUUAACGGCUAAAAGAACGAAGCGCUAGUGGUAAAAGUCAUAUUAACAACAACAACAACUACUACUACAGCUAUCACAACAACUGCCACAUCAUCGAUAGCCAGCAGCAAGCAGGUCGUUAGCUUGCGUAGGUGCGCUUGCGCAGCAACUAGCAAUCACUAAGCAUCCACGGAGACAGGCAGCCAGCGAGUUAAGCAAGAGUUCGCUGUAUAUUGGGCGAUAUCCUGCUGCGCAUGCGCGAUGGACUCCUCCAUAAGCCCGAAUGCCGCUGGCAACAGUGUGCAACAACAACAACUACAAAACCGUGUUAAACAGCAACUGCAUUUGAAGCAGCAGCAGCAACAGCAACAACAACAUGCACAGCUGAGACAGCAGUCACAACAGCAAUCACAGGCACAGCUAGGCAUGCAACAGGGUCAGCAACAGAAAUUACCACAACAACAACAAUUGCAGAAGUUUAAACAGCAAAUGCAAACACAGCGCCUACAGCAGCAACAACAACAACAACAUACCCAAUCACAACAGAGACAUGUGCAUGUGCAAUCAUCAACGGUACAAUUUCCAGCGACAAUAACAACAACAAGAACAGCCAAUGCUGUUGCCACAGCCGCCGCCUUGACCACUUUGAUUAAGGAGGAACUGUGCGCCGCCGAGCUGCAUGCCACUUCCGUUGCAGCUGCACUUGAGCAGCAACAACAGAGCAACAGUAACAAGAAUGUGCAGAGCGCCAAUAACAACAACAAUAAUAGCAUUGCCGCUAGUAGAGCACAUAUACAGAAAACGAACUCUGCCCCGACCUGUUCCACCUCCGCAACGAUUUCUCCCCCAACCGUGGCCGCCAUGGCAUUGGCAUUGGCAAAAGAUGGAAAUAGCGGCGGCAACGAUGCGCAGCUGCAGGGCAAUCACGGCCUCAGCAUGAGUACGCCAUCCACCCAACAAGCGUCAACACUGCCGCUGAUUAAGUGUGACAGUGGCAACAAUGGUAGCAAUCACAACAACAACAACAACAAUGUCAAUAACAGUGCCAAUAAUGUCGGCAACAACAGCAACGCAACAACGUUGGCAAACGUCUCAACUACGAAUGACCUCGCCGCCGCGGCCGCAGUUGUGCUCUCCUUACAGGGCACCAUGGUCAGCAGCCUACAGCAGGCCGCACUCCUACCCGUCAAUUCACCAGCUGCAGCGGCGCUCAAUCUGCAAGCGUUGGAAUCGUACUUGGCACUACAACGAAUUACCGGCAAAUCGGACGUCUUUCGCUUCAAUACCAUAACCGCCAACAACAACAACAGCAGUGAUGGUAGCGGCGAUGGUGAAACAAGUGCCAGCUGCACCACCAGUGGCAUCAAUACGGAAGAAACUAGCAAUAACAGCUAUAACCUUACAACAACAGCAACAAAUGCGGCGCCAGCGCAACAACAACAACAACAAGAGUUACAAGCUGUGGACAUAGCCAAAACGCAACGCAACGCCAACGCGGCAAAUACUAUACAGACGCUGUUGCAAGAUGCGGGCGCUACCGGCACUGACCUCUCCACCAGUGACCUCGGUGAUUGUGACCUGCCGUUGCUGGACGGCGAAGAGGGACUGUCGUUUGAGGCUGCUGAACUCGAGAGUAGCUACAACAACUUCAUAUUCAACACUAACGCAUUCAAUUGUCUUAACCAGCAACAACAACAACAGCAGCUGAACACACAGCAACAACAACAGCAAUCCUUAUCUGCUGAUCUCGAAUCGAUUUCAUCACUACAGGCCACCAUGUUCCAAGACAAGCUGAACCACCAGCAGCUGGUCAUAAAUGAAGGUGCCGCUGCUAGCGCUCUGAAUGAGGCGAACGCGCUGAAUGCUAGUAGUGGUGGUGCGGGCGUUGCGGGCGGUACAGCUGUUGCUACCGCCACUGCCAAUACACAGCGCGCCAAGAAACAGUUCAUUUGCAAAUUCUGUAAUCGUCAGUUCACUAAGUCCUACAAUCUACUCAUACACGAGCGCACGCACACCGACGAACGGCCCUACUCGUGCGAUAUCUGCGGCAAAGCAUUCCGUCGGCAAGAUCACCUCAGAGAUCACAGAUACAUUCACUCAAAGGAGAAACCCUUCAAAUGCGCUGAGUGCGGCAAAGGCUUCUGCCAAUCGCGCACCCUCGCCGUGCAUAAAAUUCUACACAUGGAGGAGUCGCCACACAAAUGUCCGGUCUGCAAUCGCUCCUUCAAUCAGCGUUCAAACCUAAAGACUCAUUUACUCACUCACACCGAUAUCAAGCCAUAUAACUGCAGUUCCUGUGGCAAGGUCUUCCGACGUAACUGCGAUUUACGGCGCCACAGUCUAACGCAUAACCUAGCCGGCAUGACAGGCAGUGGCUUGGGUCCCGGCAACGAGCAUCUGCUCUCACUACCCGUUAGCGCUGCGGACAUUUUCCAAACCACGACUGCCGGCAACGGUGGAUCCAUAUCGACGACACGUAAUUUGGACGCGAAGACGGUCACACUGUUGCCCGCUUGUACCAAAGUCGGUAAUACGUCGUCUAUCGAUUUGAUUGCGGUGACUGAUUAAGUGACUGAUUAGCUUCUCAAGCAAGCAGAGCACAAAACAUUUGGCCUUACAUUUGUGAUCUACACUAUACUACGCAGGACUCUGAUUCGUUUGCAUUAAUUCGUGCGUGUGAAAAGAUGAAACUCAGUUCUAAGUACAGCGGUUAUUAUUAAGUCCAAGCGCACAUUUUGAUUUACAUUUAAAUUACAUAGUUGUCUUAAGCACAUUUUUUGCGUACUUAUCUAUAUAGGUAUAUAUGGUACAUAUAUAUUAUAUAUACUGGAUAUAACUAGUUUAAUUUUAAGUCUCAUACGUUUAUUAGGCUUCCAAACAAUCUUAUCGUUUCAAACGUUCGACACAUUAGGCUAGUGCAAAUAGGUGAGCGCUCUCAGCAGCGCUUCAUAUAUGACAAUACACACACACACUUAUAUAUAGCUAUACUUGCAAAGGCAUAAUUAUGAAAUAAAAUGAGCUUAGCAUAGCGUCCAUAUACAUUAAGUAAACUAGCAAAGUAAGUUUAAGUUAAAUUUUUUUUAUUUUGCUCUUUCAACUUUAAGGAUAUCGCAAAUACUAACUAAACAUACAAUAAUAUAAAAACAUAUAAAUUAAAUUUUUUUAGUAUUUUGGUAUAAGUAUUCCGGAAUUUACUAUCUGUGAAGUUGCAUUAUCUGUCCGAUUUCGUGUAUUUGAAUAAAAAUCUAACUUCACACAUUGACUUGAA